AUGGAGGAGUUUGAGAACGUAAAUGCCAGCGAAGAGUUCCGAAGGAACAUCAACCGUGAAGAGGUUGAGGGAAUCGAGGAUACAGAGGGUACUGAAGUAUUAAUGAUGUGCGAGAGGGAAGUGAAGUGGGAGGUCACUGAAGAAAAUGAUAACAUAGGCGCUUCCGAAAAAUCGAUAUCGUUUAACAAGGGCCUUAUGCAGGAGGAUACGGAAGAAAAUGAGAACGCAGACCCAAACGAAGAACUUGUAGUGUGUCAGAGGGUACUGAAGUUGGAAACGGUGGAGGAUUUUGAAAAUGCAAAUGCCAGUGAAGAGUUCGAGCAGGGCAUGGAGCCGGAAGUGUUUGAAGAAAUCGAAGAAGCGGAUGGUGCUGAACAAUUGAUGAUGUUUGAGGAAGAGCUUAUGCAAGAGGAUGCCGAAGAAAGUGAGAACCCGGACACUACUGAAGAAGAUUUAGUGUGCAAGUGGGUAGUGAAGUUGGAAACGGUGGAGGAUUUUGAGAAUUCAAACGCCAGUGAACAGGAUGGCAUGGAGCGGGAAGACAUUGAGGAAAUCGAGGAAGCGGACGGCGCUGAAGAAUUAGCAAUGUGCAAUAGGGAAGUGAAUCAAGAAGUUAGUGAACAAAAUGAGAAAGUGGACGCUUCCGAAGAAUUUACGACGUUCGAGGAGGAAGUGAAGCGGGAAAAGGUUGAGGAAGUCGUGGAAGGAGACAGCACUGAAGAAUUAGCGAUGGAGGCUGAGAAAGACGCGGAAAACACUUCUCACACUCUUGAAUUAAAGAGACAGAAGGAGUUACGCAAGAAGAUAUUGAGGGAGAAACGGAGAGAGAAAGAGAAGCGUUUGAAGAUGCUGAAGGAGAAGCGGAGAGAGAAGAAACGUAUAAGGGAGAUGCGAAGACAGGCGGCUAUAAAGAACAAAAAUCUCCAACUGUUCUGUUGCUUUGUGUGCAACAGAAUGUUUACAGAAGAGAAGAGCAUGAAGGAGCACGUCAUGGAAAAACACCUUGCUUUUGAGGAGGCGUACACUUUCAAGUGUACUAAAUGCUACAGACGGUUUAAACAUAAGAACCAUUUACGUCGCCAUGAAGAGACGCACAAGGACACAACAUUCACUUGCCCAAUUUGCAAAAGGGAGUUGAGAGAGGAAAUCUCCCUCAAAAUUCAUUUGAGCAAAGUCCACAGCUGUUCAAUAGAUGGGAAGAAACUUUCUAAAACUUUUGGAUGCAAAUGCGGCAAAAAAUUUGGUCUAAAAGAAGAACUUUGUCGACAUCGCUAUUAUUGCGGAAACAGAGAAAGGAUAGCAGAACAACGGCGAAGAGCUCGUCAGGAACUUGAUGCAGCGUCGUCAGUAAGCAGUACACGAUCUGCUUCGUCAAGCUCUGAGCCGACAAGCAACCCUGCUCUUGGCAGCUCAUCUGGACGGCCAGUGAAGGACAAGUCUUGUCCGUUCUGCUUCCACGUGUACGCAUCAAUGCAGUCACGAAGACGACACAUACAACAGAUACAUCCAGAGAGACUGCAUGAAGUAGAAGUCGACCAGCAUCUAUAUAUUAAAGUCAAUUCGGCAUCCCUACCGUACGUCUGUGAACUGUGCGCUAAAACCUUUGCUACUCAUGCUUCUCUCAGCACUCAUAAGAAAAGAAUUCACGAAGACAUGAAUAACCAUGAAUGUAUGAUCUGUUCUAGAAGAUAUCCACUACCAAGUGAGUUGCGGAAGCACAUGAAGCGCGUACACGGGCAACCAAGUGAAAUGUAA